GAUAAUAUUAUGGAGCAUAAAAAGAGUGGAGUGUUAAGAACUGUGCUCACCAUAGAAACCAAGCAAGAGAUAAUAGCCAAAGUAGAAAGUGGGCAGAAGAUGUCUGAUAUUGCUAGACAGUGUGGCUUGAACAAAUUACAGUAGGCACAAUCUUAGCUAAGAAAGAUAUAAUCAAGAAGACUCAAAGAGCAGAUGUGAUCAAAGACUCAAAGAUGUGCCAUCCAUGAAAAAAUGGAGAGAUUGCUUUUAAUUUGGAUAAAAGAAAGGGAAAUGAAAAAUGAUGUAACUAGUAUGACUAUCAUUUAAGAGAAAGCUAGAGAAAUUUUUGAAGAACUGAAGAAACAAACUCCACAUUCAUCACAUGAGGAGAUAGAAUUCAAAGCUACUACUGAAUGGUUUUCAAAGUUUAGAAGGAGAACUGGCAUUAAACAUGUGGUAAUUCAUGGUGAGUCUGCUAGUGCAGAUAAAGAAGCAGAGGAGUUCUGUCUCAAAUUUGACGAAUUCAUUAAAAAAGAAGGAUAUUGUCCACAACAAAUUUUCAAUUGUGAUGAAACUGGUUUAUUUUGGAAGCACAUGUCGACCGUACCUACAUUACGAAAGAAGAGAAAAUAUUCCUGGGCAUAAACCCAUGAAAGACCGAUUGACGUUACUUUUGGGAGCUAAUGCUAGUGGUGAUAUGAAGCUUAUCCUGCUUCUUGUCUAUCACUCUGAGAACCCUAGAGCAUUCAAAAUAAAUUCCAUAAUUAAAGAAAAACUGCCAGUGAUGUGGAGAUCGAAUAAAAGAGCACGGGUCAUGCAGGCUCUUUUCAAAGAAUGGCUGUUUGAAGUUUGUGCUCCAAGCAUCAAGGAUUACCUUCAGACUAAUGAAUUGCCAUUAAAAGCACUGUUGCUAUUGGACAAUACACCAGGACACUCAAAAGACCUUGAAGAUAAUUUGCUGGAAGACUUUCCUUGGCUGACAGUUCAGUUUCUACCUCCAAAUAACACUUCGUUGAUUCAACCAAUGGAUCAAGAGGUUAUUGCAGGUUUCAAGAAAUUGUACAUUCGAGCACUGUUUCGUUGGUAUUUUGAAGCAUGCCAAUUCUCCUCAAUGAUGACAUUAAAAACGUUUUGGAAAGAAAAAUUUGAUAUUCUUGAAGCUAUAUGGCUCAUUCAAAAGACAUGGUCAGAAGUCACUAAACAACAGUUGAAUUCUGCUUGGCGAAAGCUGUGUCCCUCCUGCAUUCAGGGAGAGAGAGGUGAUGUCCCUGAAAUUACGGAUGAAAAUGUGACAACUGAUAGAGAUUUGUAAUUGGAAGUGACUAAAGAUGACAUUGAAGAGCUCAUAGUGGAAUCUGAAACUGAUCUGACGACAGAAGAACUCCAAGAACACUUAAAUGAUCACCAAGAAAUUCAGUGAUAUGGGUUUUCUUCUGAAAAAGAGGAAGAUGAAAAAUGAUCAAUGCCAACAUCUGCUAUUAAAGUUCUUUUGAAGAAAUGGGAGGAUGUUAGAACAAUGAUCUUAGAAUGGCAUCCAAACCAAGUUGAGGUUAAUAGACUUGGGGAUCUCUAUGACGACAAUGCUAUAAAUUACUUCUGAAAAAUCCUGAAGAAAAGAGAAAAGCAAUCAACAUUAGACAGAUUCUUUAAUCCCUACAAACGGACAAAAGACUAAUAAAAA